UUCAUUUGUGAAGUGGUUGCUAGCACCCCUGUGAAGUUAGAAGAUGGUGGAAUAUCUCUAGUGAAUCAGUAGAUGUAGGCUUGGUUGAAGUUGAACCACUAUAAAUUUGUUUUCCUCUUCUUCCCUAAUCUCUUUACUUAACUAAUAUAACUAUCUGAUAAACAUCAACUCUCAUUUAUUGUGAUAGUUAAAAUCCAUUGCUAAUCUAUCUUAAUCAUUAAUUGUUAUUCAUUUAUCUAUCAUUAAUUAAUUAUUUGUUAUACUAGUUGAUAUUUUUCUUGGGGUAUUAUUAAUUUUUAUUUAUAGAAAUCCAAUUCACCUCCCUUGGAUUGCCUUUUGGGUAACAAGUGGUAUCAGCACCUGGACUCUUACUUAGAUUUAAUUAUCUAAGAGUUUUUUGAUCCAUGGCAACCAUAGCUAGUACCAACACUGUUGAAGGUCAAGUCACCAAUAGGCCACUCUUGUUGGAUGGAAAUAACUAUAGUCACUGGAAAGAUAAGAUGACCCUAUAUCUUUAAGCCACAGAUUAUACUAUGUGGAUUAUAGUCACCAAAGGUCCAAAAAUCCCUGCCAUAUUAGUAGACAAUAUUAGUGUACCUAAAAUCGAAGAUGAAUGUGAUGAGAGGGAUCACAGAUUGUUGCAAGCCAAUGCCAAAGCCAAACUCACCCUUGUAUGUGGUUUAGACUCUAAUAAGUAUAGCAGAAUAUCUAAUUGUGACUCUGCUAAAGAAAUUUGGGACAAACUAGAAAUAACUUAUGAAGGAACCAACCAAGUAAAAGAAUCUCGUAUUGAUAUACUUACACUAUAAGAAUUUACAUUGUUGGCGACCAAAUUUGGUGACUAAAAGGAAUUUAGUUGCCAAAAAUAUCACUUUUGGUGACUAAAAAAUGUAUUAGUCGGGGUUGGUUUAGGGUAUAGCUACUAAAUUUUUUUAGUUGAGAUAUAUUAGUUAUUGGUGACUAUUUUUUUUUUUUUGUUGCCAAAAGUGACAUUCUUGGCGACUGAAAAAUGUAUUUGUCGCCGUUAGUCUAUAUUUUAGGCUGCUAAUUUUUAUUUUUUAGUAGUCGUAUAAUAGUUUUUGGUGACAAAAGAAAAAUUUAAUCGCCAAAUAACAGUGAUAUUUUUAUGGUUACUCUUUGGCGACCAAACAAUUUUGUCGAAAAAUAUUAAGUUUUGGUGACUAAAAAAAAUAUUAGUCAUCGUAUAUUCAUUUUUUUUUUCUGACAAAAAGAAUUAGUCGCCAAAUUAGUACUUUUGGCGACUAAUAUUUUAGUCACUGUUUAUUGAGAUUUGGCUACCAAAAAAUUUAGUCAUUAUAUAUUACGAUUUUGCGACAAAAACAAAUUUAAUCGCUAAAGGUGAAAUUUUUAUAGAGGGAAAUCACUUAAAAUUGGCGCCCACCCCUGUUCUUGUUUAUACACAACAAUUUGUUCAAACCACUCACACAGAUUCUCCUUCACCACCAAACCUCACCCUACGUCACCUCACCGCAGACCACCGCCACUGCCACAGAUCACCAUGGCUAUGGCCAUCGCCACAGAUUGCCACUGCCGUCGAUGAUCCUCCUUCGUCCUCCACUGGUGGCUCUCUCUCUCUCUCUCUCUCUCUCCUAAACACCAACCGUACCACCUCGGCUCAUCCUCCUCCUCUGCUGGUGCCUCCGCCGGAUCUGCGAAGAUUGUUGAGAUUUGAAUCAGAUUUGAGUCCUAGACUGAGAUCUGACCGUGGUGAGCAAUCUACACAUAUCCGUAGCCGACAGUGAAAACAGAGAGACCAUGCCUAACAGUUGAGAUCUGAAUUAGAUUCGAUUUCGAGAUCUAAAAAUCUCUAGAGCACUCAGAUCUCUGUGAUUUCUGCUCUAAUCAACACCUCUCUCAAAGAUUUGAGUCAGAUUCGAUGGCGGCGAAGAAGGCUGCGAUUCGGUCAUUGUUGGAACAUUAAUAUAUGAAGUCUGUUUGGAUCAAUAUGGUUCAAUAUGCUGAUCAAUGUCAUUGCAUCAUUUCUUCAGGCCAUUUUACCUUAUUCUCAAGCUCUGGAGAAGAUUGCCCCUCACAUUCAACAGGCAUGUGUCUAUCUAUGCCUUCGCUGCUUGUGUACUGUCAUGAAAGCUUCUUGGCAAAUGCUCUUACACUUGGUAAACUACUUCAAUUUAGGAACAACUAGCCAGCAUAGCUUUUACCAAUUAACUCACCAGGUGAAGUGGUUAGUAACCACGAUGAACUCAUGUCUAACUUUUUUGCACAACCAAAUACUCUUGCUUACGGAAAGACAACACAAGAGUUGCAGAAUUAGAAUGUUCCCCCUCAUCUUAUCCCUCACAAGGCGAGGGUGUGGGACAAGUCUUCCUAGUAUGGAACACCGAUGACACAAGAGGAAAUAUCAAGAGAGGUGCUUGGGAAGAAGGGAUAUUUAAGGAGAUUUGGGAUCAGCCCAAAACUCUCUUCCUUUGAUUAUGGUUCAAAUGGUGCAGCACAACGAGAAGUGGAGAUGCAAAGACUUCAGAUCCGAGGUGGAGAUUACUUUGGCAUGAAACAUAUUACUAUUGGCGUGGUAUAGAUUACUAGUGGAUAUUUCUUUUUUGUGUACGGAGGACAUGGUUUUUGUAUGAUUUUCUAUUUGUAUGGAAUUAUUAUUUUAUGUUGGAUUAUAUUUAGUUUAUAUGGAAUUUGACAUUAAAAGACUAGAUUUUUGGAUGGUUGGAAGUGAAAUAGAAACAGGUAUAUGUAUCGUUUUGUUUAUAUAUAGGUUACAGGUUGCACGAAAUAAAUACAGGUUGUGG